AUGUCUGCUUCCCGCGCGAAAUUGGCGGAGCUGCGUGCCCUUCGCGCCGCAGGAAAGAAACGCCUUUCGACAUACGAGAUUGAGGAACAGGACGACAUCUACGAAGAAGUCGAUGAUGAGGGUUAUAAGAAGAUCAUCCGCAACCGGCUGGAUCAGGAUGACUUUGUUGUCGAUGAUAACGGUGAGGGAUAUGCAGAUGACGGUCGCGAGGUUUGGAACGAGCGGACCGCAGACUACGGUGACAGUGAAAGCGAGGAUGACGGACUGCCUGCCCGGAGCAAGGCUGCGAAGCGGAAGCGCGAGGAGGAAAAGCAAAGGAAAGAAAAGAUUAACAAUGGCAUCUCGAAGUACUUCAGCGGCGGGGCUGCGCCCUCUGCUCCGAAGCCUAAGCCGAUUGCUACUGCAGAAGACGAUGCCUUCAUGGCCGAUUUGCUCGGAGAAGUCGAUACCAACGUGGUCCCGCAUCGUGUGCCAACGAGGAACAUAAUCAAGUCUGAGACUCGGCGCAAAGUUCGCAUCUUGUCACCCCCGCUCGCCGACAGGACACGCAGAGAGAAGCCUAUCAAGAAGGAUGAGAAUAGCGAUCCGAUUUCACCCACCAAGGACCAACCAGAGCCUACUUUGGACGAUGAUGACGGCCCGCUUCCUGGAAUGGAUGAUGAUGACUUCCCGAUGAGCGAUCCGAUGCCAUCGUCUCCCAUCAGCAAGGCGGUAGAAAGAAAAUCUACCACUAUAUCUGUCAAAGUGGAGGAACCUGAUGAUGAUGACAAUGAUAUAAUGGAGGUUGCAGAAGUCACUGGACAGAAUGAAGCUAAAGCGACAAGCAUCAACAUGGCCGGAAGCCGACCCCCACCGAAGCUCAAGCAGGAAAAUCGCCCAGCUCUUGCAAGCUCUUCGCCUACAAAGCCAUUGCCCGAAGUAGAUGCAUCUUGGAAUGACGUUAGGAGCAAGCUGAAUGUCCUCAGCAGCCCAGCGUCGUCGGAAAUGCGUAGCUUCGGUAAACUUCGCGCCCAGGAUGUUGUCGAGGACGACGGCAGUCUGCGCAUGUUCUGGUUGGACUUUACAGAAGUCAACGGCAGCCUUUGCUUAUUUGGGAAGGUGAAAAACAAACAGAACGGUUCUUACGCCAGCGCAUUCGUCAAAGUUGACAACAUUCUACGAAAGCUCUACUUCCUUCCCCGAGAGUAUCGGCACAAGAACGGGCGAGAGACAGACGAGGAAGUGGAUAUGGAGGAUGUUUAUCAGGAAGUCGAUGGCAUGAUGUCAAGGCUGAAGGUAGGGAUGCAUAAGAUCAAGCCCUGCACCCGAAAAUACGCAUUCGAAUUACCCGGAGUCCCGAAAGAGGCCGAGUACUUGAAACUUCUUUACCCUUAUGAUAAGUCUGUCUUGCCAAUGGACGUCAAGGGUGAGACGUUUUCGCAUGUUUUCGGGACAAACACGUCUUUAUUCGAGCAGUUUGUCCUCUGGAAAAACAUCAUGGGCCCUUGUUGGCUGAACAUCGAGCAGGCAGAUUUCUCUGCUGUCAACAAUGCCUCUUGGUGCAAAUUUGAAUGUCAAGCAACAAAGCCAGCACUCAUCUCCCCGGUCCCUGAUUCCGAGAAUCUGGAAGCACCCCCUCUUACGCUUAUGAGUCUGUCCUUCCGGACGCAGCUCAAUGUGAAAGAAAAUAAACAGGAAAUCCUGGUGGCAAGUGCAAGGGUUUAUGAAAACGUUUCCCUCACGGACACGACGCCACCCGAGAGACUGCCCUGCAAGACUUUCACGGUCAUGCGGCCUGCGGGCUCUUCAUAUCCAAUGCACUUUGAGGCGGAAACACGGAAGCAACGUGGCAUGUACAUGCUUGAGAAGAGUGAGCAGUUUCUGCUCAGCAAAUUUUUGGCACUGUUCGAAAAGAUGGAUCCGGAUGUUCUAAUGGGACAUCAGCUCCAGGAAGUGGAUCUCAGCAUCCUGCUCAGCAGAUUGAAGGAAAAGAAGACACCAGGCUGGCAUCGCCUCGGGCGCUUGAAGCGCGGCGAUUGGCCCAAGAAUUUCAAUAAGGGUGGCGGCUUCUUCGCCGAGCGGCAUCUGAUCGCAGGAAGACUGAUGUGCGAUGUUGCCAAUGAUAUGGGCAAGUCUCUGAUGAUGAAAUGUCAAUCUUGGAGUCUGACGGAGAUGUGUGACCUCUACCUGGGAAAAGGAAAUGCCAGACAGGAAUUGGAUUGCGAAGCAGCAUUGAAGACAUGGGCCACUACCAAGGAUGGCCUCAUGAACUUCGUAAAUCACUGCGAUGCGGAUACCUAUUUCAUCGCUGCAUUGGUCCUGCGACUUCAAAUGCUACCCUUGACCAAAGUUCUCACGAAUAUUGCCGGUAACUCAUGGGCACGAACACUUAGCGGUACGCGAGCGGAGCGAAACGAGUACAUUCUCCUCCACGAGUUCCACCGUAACAAGUAUAUUUGUCCCGACAAAUACGCUUCCAAACUACUGAAAGCAGAAGAGAAGCUGCAGGAUGGCGAUGAUGAUGAUUCGGCAGACAAAAAGAAGAAGGACAAGUAUAAGGGUGGUCUUGUCUUUGAACCCGAGAAAGGUCUUUACGACAAAUUCAUCCUGGUGAUGGACUUUAACAGUUUGUAUCCGAGUAUCAUCCAGGAAUACAAUAUCUGCUUCACGACAGUGGAACGGACAGCAACUGUUGAUAACGACAAGGAAGAAAAAGUCCCCGACGUCCCUUCCUCAGAUCAGGAGCAGGGUAUUCUGCCUAAGCUCAUUGCUACCUUAGUUGGCCGUCGACGCGAAGUGAAAAAGUUGAUGAAGGACAAACGCGCCACCCCUGAGCAACUAGCUCUGUGGGAUACCAAGCAGCUAGCCUUCAAGCUAACCGCCAACUCCAUGUACGGAUGUUUGGGAUACACGCAGAGUCGCUUCUACGCUCGGCCCUUGGCCAUGCUCACCACGUUCAAGGGACGUGAGAUUCUCAGGAGCACUAAAGAGCUGGCCGAAUCCAAGCAGCUUAGAGUUAUCUAUGGCGAUACUGACUCAGUCAUGAUCAACACCAACAUGGACACGAUCAGCGAUGCUCUCAAGGUCGGUGAUGAGUUCAAGAAAUCGGUUAACGAGCGUUAUCGGCUGCUGGAAAUCGACAUUGAUAAUGUGUUCCGUCGUCUUCUUCUUCAUGCAAAGAAGAAAUAUGCCGCUGUCAACAUGACUGAAGUAGACGGUAAGUAUGUCGAUAAGCUCGAAGUCAAGGGAUUGGAUAUGAAGAGACGCGAAUAUUGCUCGCUGUCCAAAGAAGUCUCCCAGAAACUGUUGAAUGAGGUUCUUUCCGGUGAAGACCAAGAGAUUGUACUCAACCGAGUCCACGAUUACCUGCGUGAGCUAGCAGAAAAGAUGCGCGAGUUCUCGGUCCCGGUUCAAAAAUACGUCAUCUACACGAAACUCUCCAAGCGACCCGAAGAAUACCCCAACAAGGAAUCGAUGCCCCCAGUACAGGUUGCCUUGCGUGAGCUCGCCCGAGGAAAGUCGGUUCGUCCUAACGAUGUGAUAUCGUACAUCGUGACGAACGGUGAUGCAGAGACUGCAUCUCUCCCACCAGCCAAGCGGUCAUAUACACUGCAGGACGUGAUGAAGCCCGACUCGGGGCUCAAGCCCGAUAUCGAAUUCUACCUCCUCAAGCAGAUAUUCCCACCUAUCGAGCGUCUCUGUGCACCUAUUCCUGGUACCGAUGCCGUUCGACUAGCUGAGUGCUUAGGGCUUGAUGUCCGCAAAUACCAGAUCAAUAGCUCUAGCGGGAGCAACCAGCAGAAUGCCGAUAUCUUCCCGCUGGAAUCACAGAUUCCGGACUCGGUGCGCUUUGAGAAUGCAACACGGCUUACGCUCACCUGUCGGUUCUGCAAGGAGAGAUCGAUAUUUGAAGGACUGGCGCAGUCAACUCACAUGUGCACUGCCAAUGGUAUCGUGUGUCCCAACCAAGCUUGUCAGAAGCCGUUUUCGGUCUUGACAAUUGUUGCCCAGCUCGAGGCACAGAUCCGAGCUCAGACUUCCAAGUACUACGAGGGCUGGCUUGUCUGUGACGAUACGGCAUGCGGUAACCGGACCAGACAGAUCAGUGUCUAUGGACACCGGUGUCUUGGACCCCGGGGCCACGCUGAAGGCUGCCUUGGCCGCAUGACAUACGAGUACUCGGAAAAACAGAUGUACAACCAAUUACUCUACUUUGCUGGACUUUGGGAUGUGGACAAAGCUCGGAAGGCGGCAGAGAAGGAACCCACUGGGGAAAAGAAGGACAGUGUGGCGGCACUGGUAGAAUUCAACCGCACGCGAUUUGGAACCAUCAAAGCUCGGGUGGCGCGUACGUUAGCACGGAUCAUCACAGCAUUGAACCUGGGUCUAGAGGCAGAUCAGAGGGUUCUAGCUGCACAUGGCUGCUAUGCGCUCACAGCCACCACGGGACUCACGGCCCAGAAUACCCUAGGAGUGCAAGAUAUUUUCAUCAUUCCCGCGGAAUUUGUGAAAAAGCAGAUCAACGCCGGUCUGGAAGAUGUAGGUGCAGAUGUUGUCAAGUUAGGAAUGCUCUCUUCUGCGGAGACAAUCGACGUCAUUGCUGAAGCAUUGACUGUUCACCAAAUCCCUGCGGUGGUGCUGGAUCCGGUCAUGGUAUCCACCAGCGGAUCACGGCUCCUACCGGAAGCAGCUAUCCAAGGUCUACGUACGAAGCUGCUCCCCUUGACGACCAUCCUUACCCCGAACAUUCCGGAAGCUGUGCUGUUGCUGAAGGACGCCGGCCUAGAUGUGUCCGAACCAACGGACCUGCCUGGUAUUGUUCAGCUCGCAAAGCAGAUCUGUUCCUUGGGACCCAAGGGGGUCCUGCUAAAAGGCGGUCAUUUGCCGCUCACUAGCGAUAAUCGGACCGCGCAAAAUACGGACGAAGCCUCCAAGGUCAUUGAUGUGCUUUACGAUGGGCAAGAGGUCACCUUAUUCGAGACUGAUUAUCUGGUGUCGAAGAAUACUCAUGGCACCGGCUGCUCUCUUGCCUCGGCCAUUUCGGCCAAUCUAGCCCAUGGUAAGGAUAUAAGACGGGCGGUUCACUGUGCCGUUCGAUUCGUUGAGGCAGGCAUCAAGACCAGCUUUGAUCUUGGAAAGGGCAGUGGGCCGAUUAAUCACUUUCAUUCCUUCUACAGUCUACCUUUUGCUGCUGGUCAUUUCGUGGAGUAUGCUCUAGACCGUCCUGACGUCGAGUCGGCAUGGAAGCGUUUUACAGAGCAUGAGUUUGUCAAGCGGUUGGGCGACGGCACACUUCCCGAGGAAAGAUUCAAGUCGUAUCUGGUGCAAGACUACCUUUACCUGAUUCAAUUUGCCCGGAGCAAUGCACUAGCCUCAUAUAAAGCAGGAAACAUGGAGACCAUUGCUGCGUCAGCAAAGAUCGUUCUUCACAUCCAACGUGAGACUGCGUUGCACCUCGACUACUGUGCCUCCUUCGGGCUGUCCAAGGAGCAGAUGGAGAGCACCCCGGAAACUAUUGCGUGCACCGCAUACGGCCGGUAUAUCCUUGAUGUAGGACAAUCGGAGGAUUGGCUCGCAUUGCAGGUGGCCCUUGCGCCCUGCUUACUUGGUUACGGAGCCAUUGCACAGAGGCUGUACACUGACAAGGACUCCGUCCGUGAGGGCAAUCGGUAUUGGAAGUGGAUCGAGAAUUAUGUCGCGGAGGACUAUACAGAGGCAGUGCGCUUGGGAUCCGGUGAGACUAAAAUGUCCCCAUGA